UCUCUCCGUUGUCCAUUGUCACCAUGUCCCCACUGUGCCUGCUGUUGCUGGCUUUAGCCCUGGUGGCUGUCCCUGGUGCCCGAGGCGCUUGUCCAGUGCCCGCAGACCUGAAGAAGUCAGAUGGGACUCGCACGUGUGCCAGGCUCUAUGAGGACAGUGACCCCUACUAUGACAACUGCUGCCAGGGGCCUGAACUGUCUGUGGAUCCAGGCGCCGACCUGCCCUACCUGCCCUCGGACUGGUCUAACUCGGCAUCUUCUCUGGUAGUGGCCCAGCGCUGCGAGCUCACCGUGUGGUCUCUCCCUGGUAAACGUGGCAAGACACGCAAGUUCUCUACGGGUAGCUACCCUCGGCUGGAAGAGUACCGCAAAGGCAUCUUUGGAACCUGGGCCAAGUCCAUCUCUGGCCUCUACUGCAAGUGCUAUUGAUGCCUUGAGGGUCUGUCGUCUCUGAUUCUGCACAGUGCUGAGCCUUACCCUGUCUGUCCUUGGGGAUUGCUCUGACCCCAAGAGCCAGGAGGCAAGAUGGCCCCAUUACCUGCUAUCAGAGCUUCCCUAUAAUACAGCCCUGGUGAAAUUA